CUGAAGCAGACCGCUCAGCCUAUUUCCUGUUUUCAAGCCGGGGACUCAGCAGAGCAGCAGACGCUCAACUGUCUUGUUGGACCUUACAACAGAGAUCGGAGUGGGGCAUGUGACUCUCCUGGACCCCUGGACCCACAAAGCCUGAAGAUCCCAGACAAAACGACAGAGGAAGAGUACCGUGUGCCCACAGAAAACACCGAAUCCUCGCUGGCAGCCUUGGAGCAUGGCAAGUCUGGAUCAUCCUGGGAGCCCUGGCUGGACAGGACCCAUAAGCCAAUGCACACCAAGGACCAGGCAAGAAGUACUGCCCUCAGGCCCAGACCUCCCAUGUCCAGGACCAGAAGAACACUUAGAAGCCCAGGAUAGCCCCAGCUCCAACUCCAGCAUGACCACGAGGGAGCUACAGGAACACUGGCAGAGGGAGAAGAGCGGCUGGAGACACGUCAAGCUGCUCUUUGAGAUCGCCUCAGCCCGAAUUGAGGAGAGGAGAGUCUCCAAGUUUGUGAUGUAUCAGGUCGUGGUCAUCCAGACCGGGAGCUUCGACAGCGACAAGGCGGUGGUGGAACGGCGCUACUCGGACUUCGAAAGGCUGCAGAAGGCCCUCCUGAAGCGCUUCGGGCCGGAGCUGGAGGACGUGGCCUUCCCGCGGAAGCGCCUCACGGGGAACCUGUCGGCCGAGACCAUCUGCGAGCGCCGCCUGGAGCUGCGCGACUACCUGCGGCUGCUGUACGCCGUGCGCGCCGUGCGCCGCUCGCGCGAGUUCAUCGACUUCCUGACGCGGCCCGAGCUGCGCGAGGCCUUCAGCUGCCUGCGCGCUGGCCAGUACGCACGCGCGCUCGACGUGCUGGGCGGCGUGCUGCCGCUGCAGGAGAAGCUGACGGCGCACUGCCCGAGUGCCACGGUGCCGGUGCUCUGCGCCAUGCUCGUGUGCCUGCGUGACCUGGAGCGGCCAGCCGAGGCUUUCGCGGUGGGCGAGCGCGCGCUGCAACGCCUGCGGGCCCGCGAGAGCCACCGCUACUACGCGCCGCUGCUGGACGCCAUGGUGCGCUUGGCCUAUGCGCUGGGCAAGGACUUCGCGUCCCUGCAGGGCAGGCUGGAUGACAGCCAGCUCCGGAGGCCCACGCACAGGGGCUUCACCCUGAAGGAGCUCACGGUGCGAGAGUAUCUGUCCUGAGCGGGCCUGGCAGGUGCCCUGGCAAACAGGCUGGACAGAGACCUGGGUCACCAUCGCUGGCCGGCUGCUUGGGGCAAUCGCGGGUGGGUUUUGCUGGGCAGCUUUGGACGAAGACCUCUUUAUUAUUUCUGCUAAGCAGAGGGUCUCCUGCGACCCCUGGAAGAGCCAUCUUGUGCCCCUUGGGUGUAAGGUUCUCUGAACUCUGAGCCCACAAGCUUAGCUGUCAAAACUUUGCAGGUAGUCUAUGAACCUUGCCAUCUCGGAAUAGGGAGGACUUGCCUACCACAAAGAGUUCAAGGCCAGCCUGGGCAAUUUGGUGAGACUGUCUCAAAAUAAAGAGUUCUGAGAAUGUAGCUCAAUGGCAGAAUGCUUGCCAAGCAUAUGAGAUGCCUUUGAUUCAACCCCUAAUACUAAAAUAAAAGAAAAAGAAGUACCUGUUUUUGUAAGCAGCCAGGGGAGAGAUUUGCAGGCUCAUCAUGCACAAAUGUGCAAUGCACUUCCUCGAAACUGCUCCCUCCUUCUGUCCCAGAUCUCCCCAUUGCUCCUAUUUACCCAGCAUCGGUUGCAGGAGUUUCCACCCAUUAGCCCAGAGUCCUAGUUCCUUCCUUUGGUGUCACCCACUCAGUUCUCAGGGGAAGCCUACCCCCCCCCCCGUGGCAAUUGUGUGAUUCUUUGAAGGGCAACAGGAUGUUGGGGACUCAGGUGUGGUAGUUCAAGUAGGGAUGCUGAGGCAGGAGAAUCACAAGUUUAAGAGCAACCUAGGCUUAAAGAAAAAGUGGGUCUCAAAAAGCAAAGGAAGGAGGGAAGGAAGGAAAGGAAGGAAGGAAGGAAGGAAGGAAGGAAGGAAGGAAGGAAGGAAGGAAGGAAGGAGGGAAAAAAUUGGAUCAGAAAGCCACACAAGCCAAAGGCCCUGUGGCACUGGUGACUUUUGUAAAUGAAGUUGCCAGUAGGGAUGCUCAGCCACGGUGCCCUGGGGUGGCUUUUCACUCAUAAGGCAGCUGUGCCUUAGCUUCUUCGGGUCUUGUACACACAGAGGGAAGGAAGUGGAAUGAGAUAUGGGAUGGACUUUGGGAAAGUAAAGGAAUCCUCAACAGCUCCCCCUGUGAGACUCAGUGGAAUACUCUGAUAGCUUGGGGUGCUCUUGAUGAAACCUACUGUCAGGAGAAGACAACCUCGGACCGCAUUGGGAAGGGGGAUCUGGACUAACGAUCCGAGCUUACGGUACAGCCUGGCUUGGAGACUUAACCAGCUGCUGAAUUUAGAGUGAGUGAACCAAGAGACCAGGGCACCGUUGGACCUGGGCUGGUAUCUGGUAUAGGAGAGUUAGGUCUUUCAAGGUAGGCAUUCACAAAACUGCACCCAAACCAUGAUGUUCAACAAUGACCUCUUGUGGCAACUACCGUAAUGGUCCCAUGAAGGUCUUCAGAAGGAAGCAGACAGAAAGGCUUCCUUCCCUCCAGCAGCUCUUCCAGGAAGACACUGCAAGUGGGGAAAUGCUGGUGUUCUUGAAAAGCCGGUCUUGCAGGAAAUUAAAGCACUCAGUGACAAAACAAAA